UUCUGUUUCUUUCCCGGUUCCCUAGCAAUGUCUUUUGCUCUUGGUAGUAAGUAUGUGUAUCAUGGAGAAUCAGAGGAAGAGGUUAUUCCUCAGAGAGCUCUUGAUGAAGGAAUGUGGGCCAGUGAUGAUGACGAUGAUGAUGAUGAAUUUGACCUGAGGACAAUACGAGCUGUUCCCAGCACUGCACCACCACAAGCAUCACGAACACGUAGUGGGUUCUGGGGGUCCUUUAUAAAUAAAGUAAAAAGGAAAACAACGCGUAGAAAGAGCAAAGCACCUUCUCUCAAAGCAGCUAACGACAAGUCGUCAAGUGAAAGUGAAGAGGAAGAAGUGAGAGUAAAGCCUCCUAAAACUGAUGAUGGAAAUGUAGAUUAUUCUGAGAUACAGCAUUCGCCACCAGAAGAUCCUGAACCAACACCAUCAGUUGCAUCUGUUACUGCCAUAGCUUCUCCACCUUCUCCAAAAAGGAAAAUAAAAAAGCAAAAAAGGCAGAGACUCAGAUGGAACAAAUCUGGUUCUAUAUCAAAAGGCGUUAAAACUAGACGUGCCGACACUAAUAUUCUAGCUGUUCAGUUCAACCAGUUGAGAGAGGCAGGGCACAUACACACAGGAGAUGCACAGUUUUGUUCUAAUCCUAACUGUGGAGCUGUUGUUAGUCACUUGACUAAACUGAUUGGAGAAGAAGAUGCUGAAAAGAGAGUAUGGAAUUGUGAGUACUGUGGUACAGCAACUGAGGUUGAUAUUGUAAAUGAAGAGAUACCAACAGAAGAGGAUACAACUUACCUCAUUACUCCUGCUUCUAUAAUGGCCGCUAAAGGAGGAGCCCCUAUAGCAAUGGAUGAAUCACUAGUUGUAUUUUGUAUUGAUACUUCUGGCAGUAUGUGUGUUACUACAGAGGUUCCUGGUCAAUACAAGAUACGUGGAGCAAAGGAAAGAGAAGAAAAGUUGCUCCAAAGUCUCCCAACUAGCAUUGCCCAUGACCUCCGUCAACCGGAACACAGGAUAAGGCAAGGGACACUGGCCAAUUCGACUUACAUAUCAAGAAUGGAGAGUCUUCAAGCAGCUGUAGAUACUCAUUUAUCAAAGCUGGUCCACUCUGAGCCUAAUAAAAGAGUAUCAAUAGUUACAUUCAGUGAUGAUGUUACUAUAAUGGGUGAUGGUAGGAUGGUACCUGUAACUAUCGCUGGUGAUAAACUGUCUGAUAGUAAAGCUGUCAUUGAUAGCGGAAAAGAAAUACCACUACCUUCUACUAUACGUGAAACUCAGAAAGCUUUAUCAAAGAAGAUAUACAGUUUGGAGGAGUCUGGUCAGACUGCUUUAGGACCAGCUGCACUAGCUUCAGUUGUCAUAGCAUCACAGAAACCAGGAUCAAGAGUAGUUCUUUGUACUGAUGGACUAGCUAAUGUUGGUCUUGGAAGUCUUGAUGUUGGCCGUAGUAGUAAAGCUUAUGUCACUGCUGAGAAUUUCUAUGAAGACCUUGGUGACAUUGCUAUGGAUAAAGGUGUAACUGUUUCACUAUUGACCAUCAAAGGGACUGACUGUAGAGUAGCUGAGUUAGGUCAAGUAGCUACUAGAACAGGAGGUCAAGUCACCAUAGUGGAUCCACUGACAGUCACUGAAGAGUUUGGUAGCAUAUUGAGUAAUCCUAUUAUAGCUACUGACGUUGUUACUAAGAUUAUAGUGCACAAUGGAAUGUAUUUCCGUACUGAAGACUCAAAAGAGAAUGUUAUAGUGAAGCAGGUUGGUAAUGUCACUGCUGAUACUGAGAUUACAUAUGAAUACGGAGUACGAAAAGUGACAGAUAAACCUUCAAAGAAACUGUCGGUACAGCCAAAGAUCAAAGAGGAAAAGGAAGAGGAAGAUGAUGAAGGAGACAUAGUAAAGUCUAAAGGAGAUAAAAGUGGUGCCUCUCCUUCAAGUGAUGGGGGAGUCCCUCCUCAGAUGAUUGACGGUCAACCUCACUUACCAUUCCAGCUGCAAAUAGAAUACACUAAUUCUGAUGGUGACCGCUGCCUUAGAGUAAUAACUAAAGCAAAACCAAUAACUACCGAUAGAGUAAAGGCUGAGAAAGAAAUGGAUUCUGCAAUUAUUAGUAGCCAUGUUGGGAAGAAAGCUGCAGAACUCACUAUGCAUGGAGAGUUCACUAAAGCUCGUGUGUCCUCUCUUGCAUCACAGAGAAUGUUACAAGAGCACAGUCGUACCAGCACCGAGAGGAGGAGGCAGUACAAUAAUUUCUGUGAUCGAUUGGUUCCCCUUGAGAACGAGCUUCAUAGGAUGCAGCUGUCUGAAAGGAGCAGAGGGCGAAAUCACAGUGACAAUGAAGAAGAGUAUCAAUUAGGCUCUGAUUUAAUGUCCACAUCAUAUGCUCAGCCUAGCAGAUCAUCUCAUAUACACUCAAGUGGAAGCAGUGCUGUCAAUCAUUCAUCAUCAAGAUCAGCAAGGGAGAUGUUUAGGCGACAAGAGAUGCCCGACGAGUUGGCACUGGAUGUUUAUAGAUUAUGUACUGAUUCCAGUACCUCUUAUAACUUAUAAAUUGAACUAAUCUUAGUUUAGAGUUAUUGUUAUUUAUAAAGUUUUAUUAUCAUUUUUUUUACUUUUAUUUAUAUUUUUGUGAUUUUUAUGUAUUAUUCCUGUGAAAUGUUCCUGCUCCCAUUCCAUAUGAUUUAAAUGUCUUUCUUUUG